AUGGAUGUCUCCCACUGCUGUACUUCCUAUCAGGCCCCCCUCCAACCUGAUGAUGGACACGAUUUGUGUCCAUCAUGCCUGGGCCUUGAGCACCUCAAGGAGGCCCUGGUAAAUAAUAAUUGUAUGAAUUGUAGCUAUAUGCCAAUGGCAGCUAAGCUGGCCAGGCUAGCGGGGGUGAAUCCACUGCAGGACAACCUUCCCCCAUCAGGCCAGGUGCCCACAGCGAAACAUGGUCGCUUGAAGCGGGGCGCCGACACACCUGCUAGUGCAGGCACCCCACCUUCUAGAAAGAAGUCUAGGACUAGGCCCAAGACUGACCGCUCUCGACUGUCAUCUAGGGUGGAUCAGUUGUCUGCGGAGCUAGAUCGCAUGAGGGCCAUGCUCCUGGUCCAUCAACCACUGGAAUGUCCUUCAGAGGAAGCCCGUGUGCCUACUCCUGAAAUGCCACACCUGACCCAGGAGUCCCAAGAGCCAGAGGAGGAUGCGCUUUCUUUAGCGGCAUCAGCCUCCUACUUUCAUGAAUAUGAGGAAGGGGAGGUUUAUGAGGGGGCCUCUCAGGCUUCAGAUGAGGGCUCCCGCUCCUCAGCCCAGACUGAGCUGUCCGAGAGCGAGGACAACUCGAUGCGGGCCAUCCUGCGAAUGGCCCUGGAGAAAUUAAAGGUGGCCAUACCAGACCAAGCAGGGUCAGCUCCUACAAGCAGGUUCUUCCGGCGUAAGCCAGCCUCCAACGCAUUUUCGGUCCCACAUGCAGAGGACUAUUUGAGGGAGCUACAGGUCUGCUGGGCGGACUCCAAAGCUUGCUCCCGUCUAACCAGCGACGGUCGUGCGCUGGCAGCGAUGCAUGGCUCGGCAGGCGUUGGCUUGGACCGCAGGCGUUGGCUUGGACCGCAUGCCAUCAAUCGAGCCAGUGGUCGCAUCUCUUGUGGUUCCCCCAGAUGA